CAAUGACAUCCGGGGAAUCUGUAGUUCGACGUUGUGGACAUAUUUUAUUUAUCUUCUCUCUUCCAUCCAAACACCAACAGAAUUUGUUUAUCAUAGUCCUCGGUUAGAUUUUUCCACAAAUAACAUCUGCUCGACAGAUUGUCGAAGACCGCAGACAGCACCAUGGCCUCCAAAAUAAACGAAGCCCAUGAACACAUCGCUAAAGCGGAGAAAAAUUUAAAGACAAGCAUGACAAAGUGGAAGCCAGAUUUUGACAGUGCUGCAUCAGAAUAUGCCAAAGCUGCGGUGUGCUUCAAGAAUGCCAAACAGUUUGAGCAGGCUAAGGAUGCCUACCUGAAGGAGGCAGAGUACCACACAGAAAAUAAAGCCUUGUUUCAUGCAGCAAAAGCAAUCGAACAAGCAGGUAUGAUGAUGAAGGACUUGAAGAAGAUGCCUGAGGCGAUCCAGUACAUAGAAAAGGCCAGUAUGAUCUACGUAGAGAACGGUACUCCAGACACCGCUGCUAUGGCUCUGGACAGAGCCGGGAAACUUAUCGAGCCGGUGAGUUUAGAGAAAGCUGUGGACCUGUAUCAGCAGGCUGCCGGUGUGUUUGAGAAUGAGGACCGCCUACGUCAGUCAGCUGAGCUCCUGGGGAAAGCUUCCAGACUGUUGGUCAGAUUACGCAGACUGGAUGAAGCAGCAACUGCCCUUCAAAAAGAGAAGAACAUGUAUAAAGAUAUAGAGAAUUAUCCCACUUGCUUUAAGAAAACAACAGCACAGGUGUUGGUUCAUCUUCACAGAAAUGACUUUGUGGCUGCAGACAAGUGUGUCAGAGAGAGCUACAGCCUCCCAGGGUACAGUGGGAGUGAAGACUGCGUGGCCAUGGAGACGUUGCUGCAGGGAUAUGACGAGCAGGACGAGGACCAGGUGCACCGCGUGUGUAACUCCGCUCUGCUGAAGUACAUGGACAAUGAUUAUGCCAAGCUGGCCAUCUCCCUGAAGGUUCCUGGAGGAGGAGCGAAGAAGAAGACUGCAAAGCCGCCACAGGGGGGCGCCGGAGCGCCUGCUGCUUCCGCCGAGGACGACGACGACUACGAGGGAGGGCUGUGUUAGCCGCAGAAAACACUGACCGCUAAAUACACACAACGCUAAACACACCAGGAAGUUCUGCUCAUUGAGGUGAAACUGUCAGAAUAUGUUGCUCCCCCCUGAACUAGACCCCAAUAUGUUGCUCCCCCCUGAACUAGACCCCAAUAUGUUGCUCCCCCCUAAACUAGACCCCAAUAUGUUGCUCCCCCCUAAACUAGACCCCAAUACGUUGCUCCCCCUAAACUAGACCCAAUACGUUGCUCCCCGCUGAACUAGACCCCAAUAUUUUGCUCCCCCAGAACUAGACCCCAAUAUGUUGCUCCCCCCUGAACUAGACCCCAAUAUGUUGCUCCCCCCCUGAACUAGACCCCAAUAUGUUUCUCCCCCUGAACUAGACCCCAAUAUGUUGCUCCCCCCUGAACUAGACCCCAAUAUGUUGCUCCCCCUGAACUAGACCCCAAUAUGUUGCUCCCCCCUGAACUAGACCCCAAUAUGUUGCUCCCUCCUGAACUAGACCCCAAUAUGUUGCUCCCCCCUGAACUAGACCCCAAUAUGUUGCUCCCCCCUGAACUAGACCCCAAUAUGUUGCUCCCCCCCAAACUAGACCCCAAAAUGUUGCUCCCCCCUGAACUAGACCCCAAUAUGUGGUUUCCCCCCUGAACUAGAACCCAAUAUGUUGCUCCGUUCUGAACUAGACCCCAAUAUGUUGCUCCCCCCUAUACUAGACCCCAAUAUGUUGCUCCCCCCCGAACUAGACCCCAAUAUGUUGCUCCCCCCUAUACUAGACCCCAAUAUGUUACUCCCCCCUAUACUAGACCCCAAUAUGUUGCUCCCCCCUAUACUAGACCCCAAUAUGUUGCUCCCCCCUAUACUAGACCCCAAUAUGUUGCUCCCCCCUAUACUAGACCCCAAUAUGUUGCUCCGUUCUGAACUAGACCCCAAUAUGUUGCGCCCCCCUAUACUAGACCCCAAUAUGUUGCGCCCCCCUAUACUAGACCCCAAUAUGUUGCUCCCCCCUAUACUAGACCCCAAUAUGUUGCUCCUCCCUAUACUAGACCCCAAUAUGUUGCUCCCCCCUAUACUAGACCCCAAUAUGUUGCUCCCCCCUAUACUAGACCCCAAUAUGUUGCUCCCUCCUAUACUAGACCCCAAUAUGUUGCUCCCCCCUAUACUAGACCCCAAUAUGUUGCUCCGUUCUGAACUAGACCCCAAUAUGUUGCUCCCCCUAUACUAGACCCCAAUAUGUUGCUCCCCCCUAAACUAGACCCAAUAUGUUGCUCCGUUCUGAACUAGACCCCAAUAUGUUGCUCCCCCCUAUACUAGACCCCAAUAUGUUGCUCCCCCCUAAACUAGACCCCAAUAUGUUGCUCCCCCCUAAACUAGACCCAAUAUGUUGCUCCGUUCUGAACUAGACCCCAAUAUGUUGCUCCCCCCUAUACUAGACCCCAAUAUGUUGCUCCUCCCUAUACUAGACCCCAAUAUGUUGCUCCCCCCCCAAACUAGGUAUCUAAUUCCCUCCACUCCCCUCAGUGUGAAACAUGUCGAUAUCAGUGAAGUAUACUCUUCCUAUGUGUGGGUCCAUCUUCUUUAAUUACAUCAAACAUCCUCUCCUUUUCCCAAAAAAACCUAGAUUAAAUUCCAAGUGAUGGGUCAUAAGAAGGAUAGUUUUGACUAGGUCUAUAUCUAUACUAUAGAUAUUAUUUUACUUUGUCUACAGUUUAAUUCAGUGUAACAACGACAUAUCACCUGUGUGUUUUAAGAUGUCUAUUGAACAUAAAUUCCAUAGUUGUAAAUGUUCAUAUUUUGUUGAUCAUGAAUUCUCGUUAACUGUCAAUCAGGGUUAUCAAACUAAUUUUGGUCCAACGAGCCGCAUUCGUUCUUCACCGAGGUCCGGAGGAUUGGUUAUAUUUGCAAAAUCAUCCAUCUCUUUUGGAUGAUGAAUCAUCCAUCUCUUUUGGAUGAUGAAUCAUCCAUCUCUUUUGGAAAUUCGAUGCUCCCUGACUGUCUUUGCUUUUGUUUCGAUUGCUGUCAGCACGUCGGACAGAGUAAAGAGACUCUAGAUAUAGGCUCGUUAUCACUUCUACAGUUUAAAUUUAGUUUGAGAUUGUUUUCUUCACCCCCAAAAAGUAUCUUGAAAAGAGAAAGGAUUUGAAUGGGCUCGAGGACCGGAUCCGUAUGAUACCCCUGCUGUAUAAUGGGGCAGUUUUUGUAGGUAUGUGUACAGAUAAAAAAAUAUUUAUUAAUAUAUUGUUUAUAUUGUCGUGACUGAUCAGUCUUAUUGUCAUAUAGAGUGGGGAAAUAAAAAUGAUAUAUAUAUAUAUAUAUAUAUAUAUAUAUACACUACCGUUCAAAGGUUUGGGGUCACUUAGAAAUGUCCUUGUAUUUGAAAGAAAAGCUUCUUUUUUUGGGGGGUCCAUUUUAAAAUAACAUAAUGACUAUUGUAGCUGGAAAUGGGAGAUUUUUAAUGGAAUAUCUACAUAGGCGUACAGAGGCCCAUUAUCAGCAACCAUCACUCCUGUGUUCCAAUGGCACGUUGUGUUAGCUAAUCCUAGUUUAUCAUUUUAAAAGGCUCAUUUAUCCUUAUAAAACCAUUUUGCAAUUAUGUUAGCACAGCUGAAAACUGCUGUUCUGUUUAAAGAAGCAAUUAAACUGGCCUUUAGACUAGUUGAGUAUCUGGAGCAUCAGCAUUUGUGGGUUCGAUUACAGGCUCAAAAUGGCCAGAAACAAAGACCUUUCUUCUGAAACUCAUCAGUCUAUUCUUGUUCUGAGAAAUGAAGGCUAUUCCAUGCGAGAAAUUGCCAAGAAACUGAAGAUCUCGUACAACACUGUUUACUACUCCCUUCAUAGAACAGAGCAAACGGGCUCUAACCAGAAUAGAAAGAGGAGUGGGAGGCCCAGGUGCACAACUGAGCAAGAGGACAAGUACAUUAGAGUGUCUAGUUUGAGAAACAGACGCCUCACAAGUCCUCAACUGGCAGCUUCAUUAAAUAGUACCCGCAAAACACCAGUCUCAACGUCAACAGUGAAGAGGCAACUCCGGGAUGCUGGCCUUCUAGGCAGAGUUGCAAAGAGAAAGCCAUAUCUCAGACUGGCCAAUAAAAAGAAAAGAUUAAGAUGGACAACUGAUCACACUGGACAGAGGAACUCAAAAGUGACCCUAAACUUUUGAACGGUAGCGCGUGUGUGUGUAUAUAUAUAUUACUAUAUUAGAUGUUUAGUAUGGUUUAAUGUAUGUUUAUGUGUGUCUGUACAGAUGUUUAAGGCUUUGAAAUGUCAAAGAUAACAGUUGCUGGGGCAAUAUGCAAUACAGAUAUAGUGUAGUGGGAUUGUAAAUUAUAUGUGUGUGUGAAGGAAGAGAAACAGAAGUGUAUUGACGGUUGAAUACCGCUGCGACGGUUGAAUACCGCUGCGAGAGUUGAAUAACGCAGCGAGAGUUGAAUACCGUUGCGAGAGUUGAAUACCGCUGUGAGAGUUGAAUACCGCUGCGAGAGUUGAAUACCGCUGCCACGGUUGAAUACCAUUUGUGUUUGGAAUGGAUGUACAACAAGAGUCCUGAGUAAGAUGAGGCAUAGCAAAGAUUACAUGACAGCAGGUUUUAAGGUCAUCUACCUUGGGGAUGGUGUGUAGCAUAUGGUGAAGAUAUGUCUUCGUACCUUACCAUACAAACAGAGUGGAUGUGACAGGAUACUUUAAAAACAAUUAUAAUAAUGUAUCUUUGUUCUAUAUUGUUGUUCAAUUCCCGGAGACCAUAAAAGUGAGACCAUGAAAAUGUGAUUUUUGAUUCCAUUGUGUAUUCCCAUUAUAAUGUUCUAAUUGGAAAAUGGUGUUAUCUAGCUAGAGGUUCUAGCUUCUCCUCUUGUGUAAAUGCACAUGCAAGCAACUGGACAUAUUUAAGCAAGCAAAAUAGACAUCUAGGCAGAGAUCUAUGUUUAAAAGAAGCUUAUACAUAGACCAGGGCUCUCCAACGCUGUUCCAGGAGAACAUCCUUCCUGUAGGGUUUAAUAGACCAGGGUUAUCCAACUCUGUUCCUGGAGAACAUCCUUCCUGUAGGGUUUAAUAGACCAGGGUUCUCCAACUCUGUUCCUGGAGAACAUCCUUCCUGUAGGGUUUAAUAGACCAGGGUUAUCCAACUCUGUUCCUGGAGAACAUCCUUCCUGUAGGGUUUAAUAGACCAGGGUUCUCCAACUCUGUUCCCGGAGAACAUCCUUCCUGUAGGGUUUAACUCCAACCCUGCUCCUGGAGAGCUUCCAUCCUGUAGGAUUUAACCGUGUUGGAGUGAACCUACAGGAGGGUAUCUCUCCAGGAACAGGGUCAGAGUUCAAACCUACAGGGGGAUGUUCUCCAGGAACAGGGUCGGAGUUCAAACCUACAGGGGGAUGUUCUUCAGGGUCAGAGUUCAAACCUACAGGAGGGAUGUUCUCCAGGAACAGGGUCGGAGUUCAAACCUACAGGAGGGAUGUUCUCCAGGAACAGGGUCGGAGUUCAAACCUACAGGAGGGAUGUUCUCCAGGAACAGGGUCAGAGAGCCCUGGUAUAGACACUGUAGGUUUUGUUCUGUAUUUCUUGUGGCUAACCUAUAUAUAUACGCCGACUGCAAGCCAGGCCUAAUCGUCCAACAUCAGUGCCCGAACUCACUAAUGCUCCUGUGGCUGAAUGGAAGCAAGUCCCCGCAGCAAUGUUCCAACAUCUAGUGGAAAGCCUUCCCAGAAGAGUGGAGGCUGUUAUAGCAGCAAUGUUCCAACAUCUAGUGGAAAGCCUUCCCAGAAGAGUGGAUGCUGUUAUAGCAACAAUGUUCCAACAUCUAGUGGAAAGCCUUCCCAGAAGAGUGGAGGCUGUUAUAGCAGCAAUGUUCCAACAUCUAGUGGAAAUCCUUCCCAUAAGAGUGGAGGCUGUUAUAGCAGCAAUGUUCCAACAUCUAGUGGAAAGCCUUCCCAGAAGAGUGGAGGCUGUUAUAGCAGCAAUGUUCCAACAUCUAGUGGAAAGCCUUCCCAGAAGAGUGGAGGCUGUUAUAGCAGCAAUGUUCCAACAUCUAGUGGAAAGCCUUCCCAGAAGAGUGGAGGCUGUUAUAGCAGCAAUGUUCCAACAUCUAGUGGAAAGCCUUCCCAGAAGAGUGGAGGCUGUUAUAGCAGCAAUGUUCCAACAUCUAGUGGAAAGCCUUCCCAGAAGAGUGGAGGCUGUUAUAGCAGCAAAGGGGAGGGGACCAACUCCAUAUUAAUGCCCAUGAUUUUGGAAUGAGUUGUUCGACGAGCAGUUGUCCACAUACUUUUGGUCAUGUAGUAUAUGUAGUAGUAUAUGUAUUUCAUGUGCAUUCCUUUAAAGAAACAUUACCUCCCAUUUAAUUAACCUCAUCGUCUGUGGUUACAGCCGUGUCGUGUUGUUGUAGUCCCUGUACCUACAGUACCGUGGUUACAGCCGUGUCGUGUUGUUGUAGUCCCUGUACCUACAGUACCGUGGUUACAGCCGUGUCAUGUUGUUGUGGUCCCUGAGAAUACUAGAUGUUUGGGACGUAGCCUGAGAGUUAAUUCUAACAAGGUUCUUCCAGAACUGAACCGUGGAAAGGAAGGACCUUGUAAUGGAUGUCGAGCUUCUUAAGUCUCUGUGUGUAUUUUAAUGAGAGAGUUAGAUCGUCUACCAAUGCCUCUGUCCUUUCCUUAGCAAUGUCCUGGUUUUAAUGCACACCGGUGCUGCUUCUGUUGUGAUGUUCUGUGUUUUGUGCAUUAGUCACAAUCCAAAAUGGGGAGUGUACAACAUACAUGUGUCCAUCCAGGGAAAAUAAAAGGGACAAAUCUCUUACCUUUGUAAAUGGAGUCGUGUUGAAUGGAAAGAUCCUCCGUCUCCAUGUGUUGCUAGUGAACACUGAACUCUGCUAACUAGCAUUACAAAGCAUUUAUAGUCAUGUAUAAUGGCUUAUCAAUAAAGGCCAAUAAAUUCUGACGUGACAAUUCAUGAUUUCCUGUAAGUAAAAUAAAGAAACGUUCUUCUGAAAGCU